CUUAAAGCGGAGUAACGUUCACCGAUCUGACGUGAAACCCAGACUUUAAGAGGAAACUCGCGGUCAUGUUUCUUAUAUUUAACUUAAGUAUUAGAGAUGCUUAGCAGGUGAAUAUGCUUAAGGUCGUUUGCCGUCCACUGUAGGUGCUGUAUCGCGAGUUUUACCUCAUCAUUUAUCGCAGGCAAAGCUAAAGCUAGCGGUGCGUUAGCAGCAGCUCGGCGGCUGUGGACAUUAUCUAAUAAAUCAUCGUCUGGUCCGCACUUUGUCCAGAGUUAAUUUAGAUAUCAAUCAAGGCAAUCAUGGCCACUAGGCGUCUGACCGAUGCCUUCUUGUUAAUGCGGAACAAUGCAAUCCAAAACCGGCAGAUAUUGGCUGAGCAAGUGAGUACAUACGACCCCCGUCUGAGUACACGUAGCAAUGCUGCGGAGCUUGAUGAGUUGGCCGAUGAUCGAAUGGCCUUGGUGUCAGGAAUCAGCCUGGACCCAGAAGCUGCCAUUGGAGUCACCAAGAAACUGCCACCCAAAUGGAUAGAGGGAGUCGACGAGAUCCAAUAUGAAAUCACACGGAUUCGGCAGAAGAUGAAGGACCUGGCCUUACUUCAUGACAAACACAUGAAUCGUCCCACACUGGACGACAGCAGCGAAGAAGAGCACGCCAUAGAAAUCACUACCCAGGAGAUCACACAGAUGUUUCACCGAUGCCAGCGAGCUGUGACAGGUUUGCAGUCUCGCUGUGGCCAUUGCACCGAGCAGGAGGAGAGACUAUUGAGAAACGUGGUGUCAUCUCUGGCACAGAGUCUGCAGGAGCUGUCCACCAAUUUCAGGCACACGCAGUCCAGCUACCUAAAACGUAUGAAGAAUCGUGAGGAGAGAUCAAAGCAUUUUUUUGACUCAGGGCCCUUAAUGGAGGAGGAUGAAGAUUUAGCUCUAUAUGACAAAGGGUUCACAGAUGAUCAGCUGAUGCUGGUGGAGCAGAACACAGUUAUGGUUGAAGAACGGGAGCGGGAGAUCCGACAAAUAGUGCAGUCCAUCUCAGAUCUGAAUGAGAUUUUCCGGGACUUGGCUGGAAUGGUGGUUGAACAGGGCACCGUUCUUGACCGAAUCGACUUCAAUGUGGAGCAGGCUUGUGUUAAAACAGAGGACGGACUGAAACAGUUACAAAAGGCGGAACAAUAUCAAAAGAAAAACAGAAAGAUGCUGGUCAUUUUGAUCCUCUUUGUCAUAGUCAUUGUUCUAAUUAUUAUUCUUUUUGGAACAAAGUUUUAGUCAUGCAUUCCUCUGGCUUUUGUUUUCUGUGUGGGUGUUUGUUGUGCAUCUGUGUGGACUUGGACUUGGUCUUGGGUCUACUCAAAAAAAAAAAAGUUGGACUGCCUUUCAUACCCACCAGGAAGCGACAAGAAGAAUUCCAACAUCUCUUUGCAGG